CCAAAGCUAGAAACUGACCUGGGGAAAUUAACCUAAAAGGAGAUUCCAUUUCCCAAACACACCUGGCGAUUGACUUAUUUAUAUAUAUUUGUUUUUUAUGACUCAGAUUUUAAUUCACCUUUAUUCUUUCUCUAAAUAGUUUAAGGCGUGAACAUAUCGAAGACGCCUUUGCCCUCACAACAAGCUUGUGAGGUCGGCUACGGCUGAGAGAGAGGGAUUGGACCAGGCUUUCAUGCCUUGGAUGGGACUGGUCAGUGAUAACAUUGUUUCAGAGGCUCUGAGUGAUAAAAGGAAAUUCCCCUUUUUCCACCAAAUGCUUCCCAGAGAAGGAUUCCACUACCCAGCAAUUGUCCAGCUGCUCCUCCAUUUCAGAUGGACCUUCAUUGGCCUCUUUGCUUCAGACACAGAGAAGGGAGAGAAUUUCAUGAAGAUUUUUACUCUUAUGCUUGUCAGGAGUGGAAUUUGUGCUAUUAUAUCACAACGAUUGUCAACAACUGGAUACACAGCAGCAUCCCUCAGGGAGGCCCUCUCUAAGUGGAGACAAGUCAACGUCUUUGUUCACUUCAUAGAAUAUGAGUCCGUUAGGGACAGAGCUCUUCCUUUCCACAAAACACUUAUACAUUUGCCAGGACCCAUCGAAGAGAAAGUCUGGAUCAUGACAGUUUUGGGAACAUCUGCAUUGAAAAAGCACAGAGUUUACAAAUACAUCCAUAGUAUUUGGAGCUUUGCUUUUCUGGGAAAAGAAAGGCCAAAGGAUGCUGGCUUUGAACCUUAUUUCUUUGUGGAACAUCAGUUUGAAGAUCAUUAUUUCCACUGUUCUCUUUCAAAGCAUGUCUUUUCUGUCAAAGGCCGCAGAAGAUGCACCCAGGAAGCCCCACUGGAUACCCAGUGGAAAUGGGACAGAAGACGGAUCCCAAAUUUUCACCUUUUCUACAGUUUCAUUCAGACUCUGGCCCAGGCCUUGAAUGCUGCCUAUUCCUCCAGAUCGAGGAGGGGAAGGAAGGAGGGCGAAGGGAGGUUGGGGGCUCCAAGGCUGCAGCCGUGGCAGUUCCAUCCUUUCCUGCAGAAGAAUGAGUAUUGCAAUAUUUCUGAUAGGAAACUCUACUUGGAUCAAAAUGGAGAUGUAGCAGCAGAUCUGGCAAUGAUGAGCUUGUUGAUUGUCCCCAAGGAGGAUCCUAUCGAACAGCAAAUGGGGGCUUGGAAAAGACAGAGACUUACUAUCCACCAAGGAGCUCUUUCACGGCUAAAGUUGCUCAACAAGUCCCUGCCUCAGUCCAGAUGUGUGGAAAGUUGCCAUCCUGGAUUUGUCAAAAGGGCUCGAGAAGGAGAGCCAGUUUGCUGCUAUGACUGCAUUCCUUGUCCAGAGGGGACCUUCUCCACUCAGGAAGAUACACAAAAAUGCACCAAGUGUCCAGAGGAUAAAUAUCCAAAUGAGGACAGAGUCCAAUGUAUCCCCAAAGUCGCCUUGCCUUAA